UCCAACAUUAACACCAUCAAAACUCAAGUAACACUAAGGUUUCAUACCAAUUUUCAAGUAAGGUUUUAAGAAUGUCAUCUCGUGUGAUGAAAAACCUCCUCGCAAUGCUUGAGGCUGAAGAAGCCGAAGCAUACACCACCAACAAUGGUACUGCUAACGCAUUUAACAACCAUGGUGGUGGGGACCAAAAUUUCUCAGGUGCCAAUAUCAACAGCGGUGCUAAUUCUGGGGACCGAAAGAAAUUCCGCACCACCAACAAUCUUGGUGACCGCACCGUCAAUAACAGUGGUACUUUCCAUGGUAAUGGCAAUGGAGGGUAUACUGAAGGUAACUCUGACGCAUCCACAAAGAACUAUAAGUUUUAGUUAUAUUACAUUAUGUGUAUCGCUGAUCUUAAAUAUGCUAUAUGGAAGUAAUAAAGAUAUUGAAGCUAUAAAUAGUUUCAAUGGUUUGUUUGAUGUAUGUUGAUGAUAUGCUAUACAGUAUAGGAGGCUCAAAAUAGAGGCACUAGUGUCGCUAAAAUAAAUCUCCAUGUGUUUAAAUAUAUAUUGUUGCUACUAGUAUUUUCUUUUGCGUGAAA